AUGUUCUUCUUCUUAUUGUUAAUAUCAAUUGCAAUUGCUGCUCCAGCUGUUGACACAGGAAAACAAAAUGGAAUUGAAGUUAGUAAGAACAAAGCUAAGGCAGUAAAUAAUUUGAGAAAAGCUGAAACACUUAAAGAGAAAUCCAUUAAUGCUAAGUCAUCAGGAAAUAAAGUUAUUGCCAAAGAUUUAAAGAAAGAGUCAAAUAAACUUGUUAAAAAAGCUGUUAAAGAACAACAAAAAGCUAUUGUCGCAACUAAGAAACAAGUAAAAAAAGCAGUAAAAAAACAAUUAAAUAAAGCCUCUAAAUUAAUUAAACAAGCUAAAGAAGCUAGAAAAGAAGAAAAAGUUGCUAAACAAAAUGGAAAUAUUCAAGUUGCUGCUCAAAUGAAAAAUGUGGCAAGUUCAUUAGUUAAGAAAGCUGUUAAAAAACAAGUUAAUGCUAUGAACAUUGCUAAAACUAAAGUUAUUAAGAAGUCAGAAAAAAAAUCUGUCAAAAAAGCUGUUAAAAAAGCAAUUAAAUUAGAAAAGAAGGCAGUAAAAGAUGCUGCUAAAGGAAAUAUUAAUAAGGCCAAUAAAGAAGUUGCUCAAGCUAAAAAAAUUGUUAAAAAAGCAGGAAAUAAAGCAACACUUAAAGCUAAGAAAGUAACAAAAGCUGUUAAAUUUGCUAAUAAAGCUAUAGUUACAGAAAAGAAAGUAGUUAAAUCACUUCUUAAAGGUAAUGUUAAAAAUGCUCUUAAACAAGUUAAGAAAGUUCAAAAACAAAUGAAGAAAGCACAAAAAUCACUUGGAACUAAAUCUAAAAAAGUUAUUGCAAAGAAAGAUGCAAAGAAAGCUGGUAAAUUAAUUAAGAAAUCAGCUAAGACAGAAAAGAAAGCUAUUAAAGCUGUUACAAAAGGUAAUACUCGUAAAGCUCAACAACUUACUAAAAAAGCAGUGAAAAUUGCUAAGAAAGCUGUUGCAAAGAUUCCAAAAGGAAAGUCAUCAAAAAAAGUUGCUAAGGUAAUUAGAAAAGUAAUUACACUUGAACAAAAAGCAUCCAAAAAAGUAUUUAAUGGAAAUAAAAAUGUUGCUAAGAAAAUGAUUAAAAAGGCAGUUAAAUUAUCUAAUAAAGUAAUUAAAGCAGCUAAGAAAUUAACUGGAAAGAAACCAGUAAGUAAAGAAUCUAUUAAGAAAACUGUAAAGAAAGUAGCUAAAAAACAAACUAAAAAGCAAGCAAAGAAACAAGCUAAAAAGGUUGUCAAAAAAGCUGCUAAGAAACAAGUUAAGAAAAUUGUUAAAAAGAUGUUUAAUACACCAGUUGUUAAGAAAUACGUACCAGAAAAACCAAGAUAUUAUAGACCAACAAAGUUUGUUACUCCAGUUGAAUCUAAUGCUGGAGGAUUUGUCCAACCUUUGAAUUCACCAUACACCGCAUGUUCUCGUUAUGCUCAUUAA